GUGCUGCGGAUUUUUCGUGAAGCUGAAGCGCCCUUUCACAUGUCUGUUAGCUCUGUUUUGCAGCUGUUUCGGAGCGGGAGUAAGGUGUUUGUGUGGUGUAGAUUGAAACGGGACAUUGUUAACACGCUCUGUCACAUAUGAAGCCAUCCUAAACCACAGACGAUGCAGCUCCUGCUUAUGUCAGGCAGCAACGUAGGGAUCUGCUGAGUGAGGGGUGCGUUGCCUGCACCUUCUCCCCCCAGCUUCUCCAGCCAGAUGAACUACAUCGGGAGGAUAAUUACCAAUGUGCGUGACUUCUGCAAUGAAAUCAAUUCCGCUACGCUCACGGGGGCCAUCGACGUCAUCGUCGUGGAGCAGCCGGACGGGUCCUUUGCCACAUCACCCUUCCAUGUCCGUUUUGGAAAGAUCGGCGUCCUGCGGAGCCGGGAGAAAAUUGUGGACAUAGAGAUAAACGGAAAGCCCGUUAACAUCCACAUGAAGCUCGGAGAAUCGGGCGAGGCAUUCUUCGUUGAGGAGGUCCACGAGGAGAAGGAUUUGGUACCCACAUAUUUGGCAACAUCACCCCUGCCCACCCGCACAGACAUUGGCGAAGAACUCAAUAAGCUGAAAGCCUCGUUCGAACAAAUGACCAUCGAAGAAGAGCGCAUGCGCGUGCCCGACGUCACCAGGUCGACUCCCGCGGGCACGUCGCCCGAAGCGCCCGUCACGGUCGCCCCGUCACCCGUCUUGUCCGGCCUCAUCAGCCCCAUCGCAUCCGCUUGUCCCUCGUGCAUCGAUAGUCCCAGCGGUACGGUCACGCCCACCGUCGAGCCACGUCGGCCAUCCACGGCGAGGGCGCACAAGCCAUCGCCGCAGACGGCAAAGAAGCCAAAGGAAUCCAUCGGAGUCCAGACGGAGCCGUCGCUCACCGGUUGUGAAGAGAAUUCCGAAGACACCUUUGCGGAGGACCCGCGGCACCCGAAGCGGAAGAAGAAGAAGCUGCGGAGACGCUCGAAAGCGAGCGAGGAGCCUCUACGAAUGUCGCCGCUGGUGCCGGACGACGAAGACAUCUUUCAGAUGGACAGCGACUAUGACGUUGAUCACAUAAUCACAGCUAUAUCAGUGACUGGUGCAUCGAGCUCGUCGCAUUCUCCUACCCCGCAGCCAAUCGUACACCCGACCCUCCUCAGUCGAUCCGUUACCGUGCCCAUGGGAAUCGGCACUCCGCGAGAGGACUGGCAGCAACUGGUCACUCCGAAAAGGCUGUCCGCGACUUACUCUGGCGGCGGAAUGCAUCCAUUCAGUGACGGCGACCUCACCCCACCUCAUAGCCCUCAAGUUUCACGACCUGCAAGUCCAAAGUCGGACACGGAAUACGAGAACCGCAUGAUGGACGCCAACAGCCAGACAGAGGACAACACCAUUAGCUGGACGUGGGGAGAACUGCCGCACAUUCCGCAGAAGUCUCGCUUCAAGGAAGCGGAAGAAGCGCGCGAUGCGGAGACGACGUUGAAGGGGGAGCCGUUGUCGUCGGAUGACGAAGAGCUGGUCAAACUCAAAAGAGACGUAGCCAACCACUCGAUGCUGGGAGGUGUGCUCAGCUUCAUGAAACCCAGCACGAAAAAGGUGAAGGAAGAGACGAUGACCGAAGGAAUCUACCUGGAUGACAUCGACCCUCAAGACUUGGACCCCGAGGUAGCUGCGCUGUACUUCCCAAAGUAUAGAUCUCGACAGUCUCCGCGGCAGAGGGACGACGACGUUGAGUCUGGCAAUGGCCCAUCCCUUUCUCAGUCGCCCAUCAGCGAUGGGGGAGCGGGACAGCUGGCUGCGCUGCACGCUCUCGACAGCGACAGCGAGGAACGGCACAGUGCAUUUGAGCCUCCAAGGAAAUUUUCCGACCUGGCCAUGUCGCUCUGUGGCGGCCUGGUUGACUGCGACCAUUCCAUGAUGGAGGAAAAGUUUUCGCACUUCAUGGUUACCUACGACCAGUUCUGCGAGAAUCCCGACCUGAUAAACAGCCAGGAUUUGGUCAUUAGAAUGGGCGGAAAAUAUUACAACUGGAAUGCCAUAUCUCCGCAUCUGCUAUCGCUCGCAAUGUAUCACAGGCCGUUACCCGAAAAAACAUUAAACAGGCUGGCAGACAUUCACAUGCCAAAGAAGAAGAAGAGGUCCUACUCCUGGUGGUCUUGGGGACGAACGGAAGCAAAAGCUGAUGGAGUAGAAAAGGCUGGAUCACAGCACAGCGACGAAAAUCUCGCGACAAGCGACGGCAGCGACGGCUCGGACAUUCCCGCCAUGGUGAAAGUUCCGGAGCUUGGCAGCGAGGCCACGGUGCCCGUGCUCCGGCUGCCCAACUCAACAAACCUCACAAAGCUAAAUGUGUCGAGGGAGGCGAAGGAGGACCACUACACCACGUCCGCCUCGAGCGACACCGAUACGCACGACAACGUAAAGGUGUCGCCCCCCCGCGAGAUAUACAAAGAUCGGGACUUCGAAGAUAAGCCGAGGUGUGAAAAGUACAAGAAGACGCUCAGGCUGUCGUCUGACAAGAUCGCGAGUCUCAACCUAAAAAGCGGUGCGAACGAAGUGGUGUUCAGCGUCACCACUGCCUACCAGGGAACAACCCGUUGCAUGUGCCAUAUCUACCUCUGGAAGCACGACGACAAGAUCGUCAUCUCCGACAUCGACGGCACGAUUACAAAGUCAGACGUCCUGGGACACAUCCUUCCAAUCCUGGGCAAGGACUGGGCCCAAUCUGGUGUGGCGAAGCUCUUCACCAAGAUUCGAAAUAACGGCUACCAGUUCCUGUACCUGUCUGCUCGCGCCAUCGGACAGGCGCACCUGACGCGAGAGUACCUGCGUAGCAUUCGCCAGGGUGACCUGUGGCUGCCGGACGGACCCUUGUUGCUGUCGCCCACUUCUCUUAUCAAUGCAUUGCACAGGGAAGUCAUCGAGAAGAAACCGGAAGAAUUCAAGAUCAGCUGUCUCCGCGACAUCCAGACACUCUUCAACAGCAUUCCCGAAAACCCGUUCUACUCUGGCUUUGGCAAUAAGAUAAAUGACACGCUGGCCUAUCGUGCCGUCGGAAUCCCGGUGUCGCGCAUCUUCACCAUCAACCACAGAGGAGAACUGAAGUUGGAACUUAUGCAAAACUUCCUUUCAUCGUACAACUGCCUGAGUGAUGUAGCUGACCACGUGUUCCCACCCCUGAGGCGGAGGGCCCUAGGGGACGAUGCGGGGAAACUGGCGACAUCUUUCCUAGCCUGCGAAGAGUUUAGUUCGUUCACGUACUGGCGUGAUCCCAUUCCCCCAAUUGAAAUCAAGAUUGAGAGUCCCACACCCAAGUGAUGUGCACCUGCUUUGAGUGCUCAAUGUUCUAGUCUUCAAGUUGAUGUUCUUCUUCCUGCCGUCUGGAACGGUGGCGGAACACGGAGGCCUCCGUACAAAUGCCAAAGAAUAGCAACUGCUCCCCUUAGUCAUCAUGACAAACCACGCACAAACAUUCACACAUUUAUAAUUGUAGAAUAUAGCCAAUACCACGACCCGAUGUGUCCGAGGCAGCGUCCUAACUUAAUGCCCGGGGGACAUCGGUUCCCGGGUGACAUUUGUGUGUCAUCUGCCUCCUGAAUGAUUCUUGCAGAAAUGCUCAGUUUUUUUUUUUUUUCUUCAGUGAUCUCAUCCUGUACAUGUAUCAUAAUACGUGCUUAUGCAUCAUAAUGCCUAUCUCGAUGUACCAAUAAUGGUGUCAUUCCACGUUUCUCUGUGCCAAUCGUGAGCCGAAAAAAAAAAGAAAAAAAAAGCUGUUCAGUAAAACUCUCCAGACACAGCCUUUUUUUUUUUCCGGAUUUCACGAAGUCGUUAGAAAAUAAGUGUCAAUUUGAAUGUAUAGUCAUGAUGUGCAAGAUGGCUCUCAAAGAGAGUAUUUUGGAUUUUUAUAAAUGAGAAAUUGUGUAAUUUAUGGUUUGCUUCGUGCUUUUGUUUAGGCAUCUACGGUGAAAUAAUGUGUAAGUCUUGUCCGUAGACAGUAUGGGUCUGGAUUGUUACGGUAGUAGUGUACUUAUAACUGUUGUUCGGGACCGCGGAGGGAACGCACCAUGGAUACGUUCCUGGACAAUUUUCAUAAAGUUUCUGUACAUAUCUGAGUGGUUGAUACGAUUUUGCGUAGCGUUUCCCCAAUCUCCCUCCGGUGUCCUUGUUCAUUGGACAAUGGUGAUUUCUGCUGGAAUUAUGGCGUUUUGUACGAGAAAGUCGUUUCUUGUGAUACGUGUUAGAAACUAGCCAUUUUGUGAUGGCAAUGUGAGAUGCAGUACAUUUCUGGAUUGGUUGGAGAAAGUGCAGAAUGAUAGUUCCAACAACUACUUAUAGAGGAAUGAGUAUUAUACGUGUUUCCUUUUGUUAAUAAAAAUGUUUUAGUACAAAUGGA